UCCCCCCGCGUUUCCCCCCCCCUCCCUUCGCUCCCCCCUUCCCCUCCGCCGCCUCCUCGGGGCCCCUCCGCAGGGCUCCGCCGGGAAUGUGAGUGAGGCAGCGGGCGUCGCAGGCAGGGGGCCGCGCCGAGUGCAUGGGACUGAGCGCAGCCCGAGCAGCCGCCCGCUCCUGAAGCCGCCGCCAACGCCGCCCUGCGCCGGGGAGGCCGCCAACGCCGCCGAGGCCUACAGGCUGCUGCGCCGCCGCGGCGGGGACCGAGCCCGGCGCGUACCGCACUCCAGGCAUCGGCCGCGCUCCGCCGAGCCCGGCUCAGGCCGCCGCCGCCGCCUCCCCCCCGUCUCCGGCUUCUCAACCGGGAGGGUCAAGUAGGGAUAUGUCCUCAGCACCAACUACUCCUCCAUCAGUGGAUAAAGUAGACGGAUUUUCUCGGAAGUCCGUCAGAAAAGCCAGACAGAAGAGGUCACAAAGCUCCUCCCAGUUUAGGUCUCAGGGCAAGCCUAUUGAGUUAACUCCUCUGCCUCUGCUGAAAGACGUUCCAUCUUCAGAGCAGCCUGAACUGUUCCUAAAGAAACUUCAACAGUGCUGUGUCAUUUUUGACUUCAUGGACACGCUUUCAGAUCUUAAAAUGAAAGAAUACAAGCGCUCCACUCUUAAUGAACUGGUCGACUACAUUACAAUAAGCAGAGGCUGUUUGACAGAGCAGACUUACCCUGAAGUAGUUAGAAUGGUAUCUUGCAAUAUCUUCAGAACUCUCCCACCUAGUGACAGCAAUGAAUUUGAUCCAGAAGAAGAUGAACCCACCUUGGAGGCAUCAUGGCCACAUCUACAGCUUGUAUAUGAGUUUUUCAUACGAUUUUUGGAAAGCCAAGAAUUUCAGCCCAGCAUUGCCAAAAAAUACAUAGAUCAGAAAUUUGUAUUGCAGUUGUUGGAGCUGUUUGAUAGUGAAGACCCUCGAGAACGGGACUACCUAAAAACAGUCUUGCACAGAAUUUAUGGCAAGUUUCUGGGUCUUAGAGCAUUUAUCCGAAAACAGAUUAAUAAUAUUUUUCUACGAUUUGUUUAUGAAACUGAACACUUCAAUGGCGUAGCUGAGCUGUUGGAAAUUUUAGGAAGUAUUAUCAAUGGUUUUGCUUUACCUCUUAAGGCAGAGCAUAAACAGUUUCUGGUGAAGGUGCUGAUUCCUUUACAUACUGUCAGGAGUUUAUCACUCUUCCAUGCACAGCUGGCAUAUUGCAUAGUACAGUUUCUGGAGAAAGACCCCUCACUCACAGAACCAGUCAUCAGAGGCUUAAUGAAAUUCUGGCCGAAAACCUGCAGUCAGAAAGAGGUCAUGUUCCUAGGAGAGCUUGAGGAAAUCUUGGAUGUAAUUGAACCAUCACAAUUUGUCAAAAUCCAGGAACCUUUGUUUAAACAAAUUGCCAAGUGUGUCUCUAGCCCUCAUUUUCAGGUGGCUGAAAGAGCACUGUACUAUUGGAAUAAUGAAUACAUCAUGAGUUUGAUAGAGGAGAAUUCAAAUGUCAUACUUCCCAUCAUGUUUUCCAGCCUUUAUAGGAUUUCUAAAGAGCACUGGAAUCCGGCUAUUGUGGCUUUAGUCUACAAUGUGUUGAAGGCAUUUAUGGAAAUGAACAGCACCAUGUUUGAUGAGCUGACAGCCACUUACAAGUCAGAUCGUCAGCGUGAGAAGAAGAAAGAAAAAGAGCGUGAAGAACUGUGGAAAAAACUGGAGGAUUUGGAAUUAAAGAGAGGUCUUAGACGUGAUGGAAUAAUUCCAACUUAACAAAAAAACAAAACAGCAUUAUUAACCUGUGGAGUCACACAUUUAUGUAGUAGAAGAUGGAGCAACAGUUUUCUGUAUUGUGCAACUUUACAGUAGAUUUCACAUUUGUUUCAUUAUUACAACAGCACUGUAUAUACCUGUCUCUAAGUAAAGGAAAAAAAUAAGGACUUUAAUCCAAAGUUUGGACAGCAGAUGGACUUCUCAGAACUUUGCAAACAUAAUCAUUGUUUUAACCCUUCUUUAAAACCAGUCUUCAAAGAUCUGUUGAUAAAAAUUGCAAUGUCAGAUUUCAUUGUCAGGACCUGUUCCUUAUUUAUCGUUAGCAGAGAGUAUAAUACAACUUUCAAAUGUGAACAAUCUUAAAAUUUAGCUUGUCUUUCUGCUAAACUGUUAAGUGUAUUUAUAGUAAAAGAGAAAAAAAGACUGUCAUUUCCUUAUGAGUUUGUGUAACAUCCUCCUUCUCUGGAUAACUUUACUGUAAUUUGACUUUUUUUUUCUUUCCUUUUGCACAUCUUCAUAAGUUGAAUGUCCAUUCAAAUCAGGGCCAUGAAGAAAAAAAAGAAAAAAAAACGUAGGUCCUGAAUAAAAGUUUUGUUUACUGGUGUGAGCAUUUUUUAGUACCAGUCUCUUUCUGGUGCUUCUUUAAUUUGAACAUUAGGAGCUAAAAAAA